AUGACAGAUAAGGACAGGCGUCCACCUCGUCCGCCUGUCGAGGGGAAGGGGCACAACUAUCGUCCCCCUGUCGAGGGGAAGGGGCACAACUAUCGUCCCCCUGUCGAGGGGAAGGGGCACAACUAUCAUCCGCCUGUCGAGGGGAAGGGGCACAACUAUCAUCCGCCUGUCGAGGGGAAGGGGCACAACUAUCAUCCCCCUGUCGAGGGGAAGGGGCACAACUAUCGUCCACCUGUCGAGGGGAAGGGGCACAACUAUCAUCCGCCUGUCGAGGGGAAGGGGCACAACUAUCGUCCGCCUGUCGAGGGGGAAUCGUCCCCCUGUCGAGGGGAAGGGGCACAACUAUCGUCCCCCUGUCGAGGGGAAGGGGCACAACUAUCGUCCCCCUGUCGAGGGGAAGGGGCACAACUAUCGUCCCCUUGUCGAGGGGAAGAGGCACAACUAUCGUCUGUCGAGGGGAAGAGGCACAACUAUCGUCCCCCUGUCGAGGGGAAGGGGCACAACUAUCGUCCCCCUGUCGAGGGGAAGGGGCACAACUAUCGUCUGCCUGUCGAGGGGAAGGGGCACAACUAUCGUCUGCCUGUCGAGGGGAAGGGGCACAACUAUCGUCCCCCUGUCGAGGGGAAGGGGCACAACUAUCGUCUGCCUGUCGAGGGGAAGGGGCACAACUAUCGUCCCCCUGUCGAGGGGAAGGGGCACAACUAUCGUCUGCCUGUCGAGGGGAAGGGGCACAACUAUCGUCCCCCUGUCGAGGGGAAGGGGCACAACUAUCGUCCCCCUGUCGAGGGGAAGGGGCACAACUAUCGUCCGCCUGUCGAGGGGAAGGGGCACAUCUAUCGUCUGCCUGUCGAGGGGAAGGGGCACAACUAUCGUCCCCCUGUCGAGGGGAAGGGGCACAACUAUCGUCCCCCUGUCGAGGGGAAGGGGCACAACUAUCGUCCCCCUGUCGGGGGGAAGUGGCACAACUAUCGUCCCCCUGUCGAGGGGAAGGGGCACAACUAUCGUCCCCCUGUCGGGGGGAAGUGGCACAACUAA